CUCGCACAUUCACACACCGCACACACACCUACCAAAAGAUCCUUUAAGCAUUGAAGUCUUUCCUCCAGACUUCAUUGCCCAUCAUUCCACCCACCUAAAACCCCAGCUGUUGAGGUCUCUAGUCCUCGGUAAAAAACUACCACUCUCCUAAAAUGAGCGGCGGCGACCUUCCCAAUGGCAACGGCAAGGCCUUGAAGCACAUUGACCUCGAUGGUCACGACCUGCCACCUUCGCCUGCUCCCUCCACCCCGCGCAACGGUCGUCGCUACAACUUUGCGACCGAGCUGGUCUACACCGAAAGCAAUGACCAGUACAACGCCAGCAGCGUCCCCAUCUACCAGUCAGCCACCUUCAAAGGUGGUCCCGGCCAGGAAUAUGACUACACGCGCAGUGGCAACCCGACGAGGACGCACCUCGAGCGACACAUGGCGAAGAUUAUGGGCGCCAACCGUGCAUUGGUGGCGGGAUCAGGCAUGGGCGCGCUCGACGUCAUCACCAGGAUUUUAAAGCCCGGCGACGAGGUCGUGACUGGAGAUGAUCUGUACGGCGGGACCAACAGACUUCUCACGUACUUGAAAGAGCAUGGAGGAGUCACGGUCAAGCAUGUGGACACCACGACACUGGAGGUCGUGACGGCCGCGAUCACUGAAAAGACGACCAUGGUGUUGCUUGAGUCACCCACGAACCCGCUGAUCAAAAUUUGCGAUAUCAAUGGAAUCGCCACUGCUGCACACGCAAUCAGCAAGAACAUCGUGGUCGUAGUUGAUAACACUAUGUUGUCGCCGUACCUGCAAAACCCUCUCGAUCUAGGUGCCGACGUCGUCUAUGAGUCUGGAACCAAGUACCUGUCGGGGCACCACGAUGUCAUGGCGGGCGUCAUUGGUGUCAACGACGUUGCACUCGGCGAGAAGUUCUACUUCAUGAUCAACAGCACGGGCUGUGGUCUUGCACCUUUCGACAGCUGGCUGCUGCUUCGUGGUGUUAAGACUCUGGCAAUUCGCAUGGACAAGCAGCAAGCGAAUACGCAAGCCAUUGCCGAGUUCCUGGAGAACCACGGCUUCAAGGUUCGCUACCCUGGACUGAAGUCUCACCCCCAGUACAAGCUGCAUUGGAGCCAAGCGCGCGGUGCUGGCGCCGUGCUCUCUUUCGAGACGGGCUCCAUCGCACUUUCGGAACGGAUCGUCGAGUCUACGAAGCUCUUUGGCAUCAGUGUGUCCUUCGGAUGUGUCAAUUCGCUGAUUUCCAUGCCCUGCCGCAUGAGCCACGCGAGUAUCGACCCAGCCACGCGGAAAGAGCGCGCUCUCCCGGAGGACAUCAUCCGGUUAUGCAUUGGUAUUGAGGACUUGGAGGAUCUGCUUGAUGAUUUGAGCCAGGCAUUGGUCAGAGCGGGCGCUGUGCGCUUGACUGGAGCUGAUGGAUUCAGGGCACUAACCGCCGAGGAAACCGCAGGGGAGAGCGGAAGAACGACGCAGGUCGUUGACGAGCCAUGAUCCAACAUCGUGUACUAGUAUCGGAAAAUGUACCUGACAGCUUCGAGAUGAGCUGCUUCACUAAUCAAGAAAAGUUCAAAACGACAUGCAGAAAUUCAGAGUCGGUCCUGGCAAUCGUUGUUAACCAGUUUCUUCUCGUCCAUAUCAUGCUCAUGUGUUAAAUUUCGGAUCGCUGGGUCGACCAACAGCGCUUUCAUACUCAUCACUCGUCACUGCGGGCAUGCUGGAACAUGUGUCUGCUCACUGCAGCACCGAAUGGAAUAUUACUUUGCA